AACCUUCAGCUGUGCACAUCAUUGCUACUAAUCUCUUUCGAAUGAUAGACUGUACCUUAAAUAUUUACUCAUGAGCAUUUACUUUGGAAAAUGUACUUUUUGUAGAAAUAUAAAUAGGCGCUAGAGAGAAAGAACACUGACAACUUCAAAGCAAAAUGAAGUUCGUUCUGCUGCUUUCCCUCAUUGGGUUCUGCUGGGCUCAAUAUGACCCACAUACUUCAGAUGGGAGGACUGCUAUUGUCCACCUGUUCGAGUGGCGCUGGGUUGAUAUUGCCAAGGAAUGUGAGCGAUACUUAGCUCCUAAGGGAUUUGGAGGGGUGCAGGUCUCUCCACCCAAUGAAAACGUUGUAGUUCAUAACCCAUCAAGACCUUGGUGGGAAAGAUACCAACCAAUCAGCUAUAAAAUCUGCACAAGGUCUGGAAAUGAAGAUGAAUUCAGAGACAUGGUGACAAGGUGCAACAAUGUUGGUGUCCGUAUUUAUGUGGAUGCUGUCAUUAACCACAUGUGUGGCGCAGGCAAUCCUGCAGGAACAAGCAGUACCUGUGGAAGUUACCUCAAUCCAAAUAACAGGGAAUUCCCAGCAGUUCCAUACUCUGCUUGGGACUUUAACGAUAAUAAAUGUAAUGGAGAAAUUGAUAACUACAAUGAUGCUUAUCAGGUCAGAAAUUGUCGUCUGACUGGCCUUCUGGAUCUUGCACUUGAGAAAGAUUAUGUUCGUACCAAGGUGGCUGACUAUAUGAACCAUCUCAUUGACAUUGGAGUAGCAGGGUUCAGACUUGAUGCUGCUAAGCACAUGUGGCCUGGAGACAUAAAGGCAGUUUUGGACAAACUGCAUAAUCUCAAUACAAAAUGGUUCUCCCAAGGAAGCAGACCUUUCAUUUUCCAAGAGGUCAUUGAUCUGGGUGGUGAGGCAAUUAAAGGUAGUGAGUACUUUGGAAAUGGCCGUGUGACAGAAUUCAAGUAUGGUGCAAAACUUGGCACAGUUAUCCGCAAGUGGAAUGGCGAGAAGAUGUCCUAUUUAAAGAACUGGGGAGAAGGUUGGGGUUUGGUGCCUUCUGACAGAGCCCUUGUGUUUGUGGACAACCAUGAUAAUCAGCGAGGACAUGGUGCUGGAGGAUCAUCCAUCCUGACAUUCUGGGAUGCUAGAAUGUAUAAAAUGGCUGUCGGAUUUAUGUUGGCUCAUCCUUAUGGAUUCACAAGAGUAAUGUCAAGUUACCGUUGGAAUAGAAAUUUCCAGAAUGGAAAAGAUCAGAAUGACUGGAUUGGACCACCCAAUAACAAUGGAGUAACAAAAGAAGUGACCAUUAAUGCAGACACUACUUGUGGCAAUGACUGGGUCUGUGAACACAGAUGGCGUCAAAUCAGGAACAUGGUUGCCUUCAGGAAUGUGGUCAAUGGUCAGCCUUUUUCAAACUGGUGGGAUAAUAACAGCAACCAAGUAGCUUUUAGCAGAGGAAACAGAGGAUUCAUUGUCUUUAACAAUGAUGACUGGGCUUUGUCAGCCACUUUACAGACUGGUCUUCCUGCUGGCACAUACUGUGAUGUCAUCUCUGGAGAUAAGGUCGAUGGCAAUUGCACUGGACUUAGAGUGAAUGUUGGCAGUGAUGGCAAAGCUCACUUUUCCAUUAGUAACUCUGCUGAGGACCCAUUUAUUGCAAUCCAUGCUGACUCAAAAUUGUAAGAAUCUAUAUUAAAGAGAUUUGGAUUAAGCAUCAAUUGCAUGUGUUUCUUUUUCAUAUGCUCUGUACUAUAUUUUUAUUUCUAUUUUGUUUCUUUAUUUUUAUGUUUCCAUGUGUGCUUUGUCUUCUGAGCCCUGGAGUGUAUGUAGGAUGUUUGAACAACCCUGUGCUGUGGCAUAACCUCUCUACAUUUUCCCAUGAGCUGUGCUGAUCAAACUAAAUCCAUGAGGCUUCCCUGGAACUCACUUUUAUCUGCUAUUCUAUGUUGUUAUCUCAUAUGCCCUUUAAUUCUUGCAGUUUAUUUCCUUGUAGUAAAAACCAUAGACAACUGUCUUAAUUAGGGUUUCUAUUCCUGCACAAACAUCAUGACCAAGAAGCAAGUUGGGAAGGAAAGGGUUUAUUCAGCUUAAACUUCUAUACUGCUGUUCAUCACCAAGGAAGUCAGGACUGGAACUCAAGCAGGUCAGGAAGCAGGAGCUGAUGCAAGGCCAUGGAGUGAUGUUCUUUACUGGCUUGUCUCCUCUGGCUUGCUCAGCCUGUUCUCUUAUAGAACCAAGACUAUCAGCUCAGAGAUGGCACCACCCACAAAGGAACCUCCCUGCUUGAUCACUAAUUGAGAAAAUGCAUUGCAGCUGGAUCUCAUGGAGGCAUUUCCCCAAUUGAAUCUCUUUUCUCUGAGAUAACUCCAGCCUGUGUCAAGUUGACACAAAACUAGCCAGUACAACAAUAAACUUGAAUAGGCAAAUAUCUUAAAACUCACAUAAAAUCAUCUGAUAACAACAUCCUAAAUAUCCUAAGCAUUAGCAGAAUGUCUAAAUGUUUUUUUCUAAUAAAUUCUCAAAUAUCUUAAUAGUGUUCUGGCAAAUAUUUUGCUUUACUAUUACUAUAAAUUCUUUCAUGUAGCCGUUUUAAAGUAUGAAAAUUUAUUUUCAAUAAAUUUCAUUGACAAUCUAAUUACUCAUUAAACAUGCUUUUGGCUACUUGGAAAAUCCAUCAUUGAAUAAUUUCUUCUCAUGACUGUUUUCUUCAAGUUCCUUUCAUAAUUAAUUUUUCCAGGAAAGAAGUUUCCUCAUUCCACAAUACCCACCUGUUUCUUUUUUGGUGUUCUGUUAUGCAUGGCCUGUGGUUCUUGUGAUCGGGGAGACCCUUGUUCAGUAGAAUGUCUCUGCUGGCGAUUUGGCGGCUUGUGUGACCGCUGAUGUUUAGGGUACUGGGGUUUUAGGAACUGGCAUAACCUUGGAUUCUGGAUAAGUCAUUGUCUCUGGUAGAGCAAAGAGCUUCUGCCAGAGUUGUGGUAUGGGACAUGGAGAUGAGUGAAGGGGCCACUGUUGGGGAAAGUUCCACAGGCUCUGAGGAAAUGUUGGUGGUCUGCCUCAGGGCCUGACCUGAUAGAGCAGGGUGAUUCUGCUGGAGCUAUGGGUCAAGAUAUGGAGACCUGGAAGGCAUGCACUUGUACCUGCUGUGCUAUGUUGCUGGCUCAUCUGUACUUUGAUUUUUAAAGUUUAUUUAUUUUUUACCAAUAGCCUUAAACAAUGAACUUGAAUAGGUAGACAUGAUGAAUUGCACAUGUAAUCAUUAGAUAACUUCAUCCCAAAUUUACUAUGCAUUAGGAGAAAAUCUAAAUUUUUUUUCGAAGAAAAUAAUCAGAACUUUGGAUGGCUUCCCAAGAAAUAUCUUUUUACCAUUAAUAUGAUUUCCUUCAUGUUCCCCUAUAUAUUUUAUGAAAAAGUGUUUCAAUAUAAAUUCACUCACUUAUUAAACAUGCUUUGGUUACUUUAAAUCUCAUCAUUGCUCAAUUUCCUCUGGUGGCCAUUUUUUAAAAAAAAUUGUCUUAUAAAUAGUUAUUUCAAGAAAAAAAUAUCUUUUUUUAAUUCCACAAUACUAACAAUACUGACAGCACAUAUUGUAACCUAUCUUGUUACUCAGUUAAUGGCAUUCUUUGUUUGGUGUACAGAAGCAUUUUAGUGUCAUGAAUUCCUGUUCUUAUUGUAUGAGAAAUUGCAAUCACAUUCAGUAAAGCCUUCCUUUUGCAAAUGAGUUUAA